AUGACGCACCAGACGCUUCCAACGCUCGCCUCAAACCGACUCGAGAAUCAUGUUCGAGGCUUUGGGCCAAAAUGCAAAACGCACACAUUUAACAUGGACUCGCUGAGUAAAAUGACGGCUCCGGCUGCGGCUAAGUUUAGACAGCUUCAGAAAAUUGUCCAAGACAUAAAGAAGAACGACGGCAGCCUUUUGGACAAACUGAGAAGACUCAGGAAAACAGUGCCAAGACUUCAAGGCAGAGACCACAGAGGAGAAGACCGAGAGGACAGCGACAGUUCUGACCCCGACUACGAUAAUGAGAUGUACGCAGACCCACGGGAGGACCACGACGACAGCUACGAGCCGCCGCCGUCCCACCACCACCACAUCCUCAGCUCUGGACCCGUGUCGAGGGGGGAGUACCUCGGCAGCUGUCCCAGUCGACCUGAGAGGCCUCUGAAGAAGCCUCAGCGUCCAGUGAGAACCCCCAAGCGCCACCCCCCACCUCCACUGCCCCUCCCAGAGGACAACGACGAGGCGGACUACAUCAGCCCGGACGGCAGCAACGACGAAGACUACAUCGAGCCAAACGAGAAUCCGCCUCACAGAGGCAGAGCCGCACCACCGCAGAGACCGGACAGUCCCGAGGUUUACGAAGUCCCAGACAACAAGCCGCAGCCUCCUCCAACGAUAAACAGACUGGGUCCAAAGACUUCACAGACACAUCCAUUGCCUCCAUCACCGAGCCCACGAUUACCUCCGAGAUCUCCUCCUCCCGAGCAGACAGACGAGGAGUACGAAGUCUGUGAUGGAGACAACAGGAGCAGCGUCAAACCCAGAGACUCCCGUCCUCUUCCUCUUCCUCUUCCUCGGCCCAGACCUCUGCCCAGAGAGAGAUCUCCCAAUCCUCCACUGAAACCUAAAGUUCCAGCCAAACCGUUGUCCAGAGCGUUUGAGGCCCGGACGUUGCCCGUGACGACAAGUGAACCUGAGCUGCCAGCUCCAAAAAGUUCCUCCCUGGAUUUGAAACGACCAAAGAUUCCUCUUCCACUUUUCAUGUCUCAGAAACACACCGAGAAAGAGACUGAGGCAGAGAACGGAAACACGGAGGAAGACGAGGAGUCAGAGCUGCACUGUAAACCCUGGUUCGCAGGUUCCUGUGACCGAAAAACAGCUGACCAAGUCCUGGCUCAGACCAAUCAGGACGGAGCGUUCCUGGUGCGGAACAGCUCGGGUCACGACGCGCAGCAGCCGUUCACUCUGGUGGUGUUUCAUAACGACCACGUCUACAACAUCCCAGUACGCCUCCUCUCCACCAGGAGGCAGUACGCCCUGGGGAGGGAGAAGACAGGAGAGGAGUAUUUCCGCAGCGUGACUCACAUCAUCGAGCACCAUCAGCAGACGCCGCUGGUUCUGAUCGACGGCCAGAGCAACAGCAAAGACGCCACCAGACUCUGUUUCCCGGUCAGACCGUAG